AUGAUAUAUUUAAAAAUCAAGAAUAAUUUUAUUGCACAAUUCGUUCAAUCACCACAAAUUGAAGCGGCUCAAUGGAAGGCGUUAAUCCAUUUACUUAAGGUAUCAAUAACGACCAAAGAAGAUAAUUCCACAAAGUUUGUAAAUCCCUACGAACCUCCAUCAUCACCACCAUCAUCAAUUUUUGAAUUAUCAUCUUCAAAUACAAUGUCCGCACCUUCCCUUCUUUAUCUCAAGACCUUGUCUUUAUCUUCUACUCAGGCCUCAUGGACUGUAUUAAAUUUCCAGAAACCAUGGAUACAUGCUUUUGGGAUCUUAAAGCUUUUACAAGGCGGAAGGAAGGUAAACCGGGAAUAA